UUGUAUCGCGAUAAUUGAUAUUAAUUAUUAAUUAAAUAGUAGAUUGUUUAAUAUAAAAGCCGUGGAUUUUAGAAAUCUCAUUGUAAUCAAAACAAAACUUGAUCACAAUGGGUCUUAAAUUAUUAACUGUCACUUUGGUAGCUCUUCUAUCCCUUCAGGGAAUUGUUGAAGCAAAAUACAUUUCCCAACACAAAGAAGAAGUAAUCAUUGAAGAUGUAGGCAAAAUUGUUGAUGAAAUCAAAGGAUCCGUUAGUAAACUCAUCGUUGAAAGCAUCGCAACUGUCAAGAAAACCUCCGAUCAAGUCUCUGUCAUUGGCCAACAAGAAUUGAACAAGUCCAUGAAGCAAAUUCAACAGAUCAAAGAAGAAGCACUUGCAGAAAUCAAACAUUUUGAAACCCUAGCCGAGAAAUUAGGUUAUGAUGUCAGCAGCUGUAUCCAGGAGCAAUUGCCCCGUCUUGAGGCUCUUGCCCAACAAGCCCAGGAAGGCGUCUCUGUAUGUCUUGCUGAUAUGAUUGCUCAAUUCACUAAGAUGUAUGAAGAUCUCCUUGAUGCUGCUAACAACGCCUAUGACAAUAUCUUCGCUUUGGUUCAAAAGUAUGAUGAAUGUCAAGAUUGGGAAUGCCGAGGUGAAACCGCUCAGGAAUUAGUCCAGGAAAUGAUGAGGACCAGUUCUGAGGUUAGGAUUAUUGUCGACAGGGCUUUGAGACAAAUGCAACAACAGAUCCCGGCUACCGUCGAGUGCAUGCAAGGUGAAAUUGCAACUUUGAAGGCCGAAUUAGCUCCCAUCGUCGCUGACAUCAAGGCAUGCAUUGCUGCAUCUGCAAAAACUCAAAUGUCAACUAAGAAUAUUGAAGAAGAUAUUGCCAAGUUGAUUGCCCAGGUGAAGCAGGCUUUGAAAGAUCUCAUCGAGGGAGGUGUUGCUGCUUUGAAAGAAGCACGCGAUGCUAUUGUAGAAUUCGCCCAGAAACUCCUUGCUGACACCCUGGCUAAAAUUCAAGAAUUAGCUGCUAAGUUACAUGAAGAUAUCGAAGCAAUCCGGGAGGAAGCUGCUCAAUUAGGUAUUGAUAUCCAAGAAUGCAUUGAUAAAAUCCUUCCCAGGUUGCAAGAAUUAAUCUUGGAGACUCAGACUGGUGUUAAGGGAUGCGUAGAAACCACCUUGGGAUCUGUUUCGGAGAUUUAUGAGAAAGUGGUUGCUCUUGUUGAGGAAGUUGAGGGAGAAGUUGUUACUUUGAUUGAAACCAUCAAAGGUUGCGAAAAUGUUGAAUGUUAUGUAGAAACUGCUAAGAAUUUCGCGCAGGUAUUGAAGCGUAUUGCUGGAGAAGUCAGUGAAUUGGUUUCUAGCUCAACUGAAGAAAUCAAGGAAGCUAUGGGAGAAUUGGUGACCUGUAUUGAACCAAUCAACACUAACUACAUCAAUGGCCUCAACGAACUUAGCGCAGAAGUUCGCCAAUGUUUGAAAGAAUAAUUUUAAGGUUAAUUGUACAUUGUAUCAAUAAACAUCUUUUCUAAAUA